AUGGCAGGGACACUAGUGGAGAUCUCGGGCCAGAAGAGAUGGAUGAGCGAAUUGAGGUUGCCGAGGGCGUGCAGCUUCAGCUCUGGGUGCGGCUCGUUCAGCAUUGCCAGCAGCCCGCCGGCCGAGCUCGGCGCCGCGAUUGUCGCUACCGCCAUCUGCCUGCCCCCUCCACAGGCCACUCCAAAUGGCUCCAAACCAACCGGAUCCCCUAUCCUUCUCCUCCCUCCUCCCUCUCCUCCCGCACGCACCCCCUUACUCGACUACCCCCUCCUCCAAGCAACUCGUCGCGUCCAAAGAAAACCCCUAAAAGGUGGAAACAACGAACAUUUCGAAUAG